AUGGGCAAUGAUGAAACAAUCCAGUAUAUAAAGGGAAAGAUCAAGGAAGCAUCUUCCUCAGAAAGAAUGAUCAACCUUUUCCACUGUCUGAAUGAGCUCAAUGACCACUCCUUAGUGGAGGACAUCCAGAGCUUCCUUAGUGCAGGGACACUGUCUGAAGCCCAGCUCUCACCUGGCCAGUGGUCAGCUCUAGUGUUUGUGCUGCUGACGUCAGACCAGAGUCUGGAUGUCUUUGACUUGAAGAAGUACAUCAGAUCUCAUGAUGCUCUCCUGAGGCUGAGGCCAGUAAUGGAGGAGUCCCACACAACUUGGGUCAACAACUGUGGGCUCACUGAACAGAGCUGUACAACACUUGCUUCCAUCCUCUGCAAAGACUCAUCAAAACUCAGAUCACUGGAUCUCAGUGACAAUCACAUUGGUGAUAUUGGAGUCACAGAACUGUGUAGUGGACUGAAGAACCCAAACUGUUCACUGGAGACCCUGAGGCUUCAGUCCUGCCGUAUAACAGAAGAGGGCUGUGCUGCUCUGGCGUCAGCUCUGACAUCAAAUCUGUCACACCUGAAACAGCUGGAUCUGUGCAGUAAUAAACUAGGAGACAAAGGAGCUAAGCAGAUCUCUGAUCUUCUCAGAAAUCCACACUGUAGACUACAGUCACUGAGGCUUAAGAGCUGCAGUAUAACAGCAGAUGGCUGUAGUGCUCUGGCCUCAGUUCUGGCUUUAAACCCAUCACACCUGAUACAGCUGGAUCUGGAUAAUAAUAAACUAGGAGACUCUGGUGUGAAGCAGAUCUCUGCUCUACUCAGGAAUCCAGACUGUAAACUACAGACACUGGGCUUGUCAGACUGUGGUGUAACAGGAGAAGGAUAUGCUGCUCUGGCCUCAGCUCUCAAAUCAAACCCUUCACACCUGGAGGAGCUGGACCUGAGAGGAAACGACCCUGGACACUCUGAAGUGAAAUUACUGACUGAUUCACUAAAGGACCCUGCCUAUAAACUACAGAGAUUGAGGCUGUUGAGUAGUGAUGCAGCAGAUGAAGCCCUUGUGUAUCUGACUUCAGUUCUGGGUGGAAACCCCUUACUGCUGACAGAACUGGACCUGAGUGGGAAGAUACCAGGAGACUCAGGAGUGAAGCAGUUCUGUCCUCUACUGGAGGAUUCACACUGCAGACUUACAACAAUCAAGUUAGUCUUCAUAUUUAUCUGUUCAGCUGUUGAGUAG